AUGGCAACUGAGCUGAUUCAGGGUUACAAUUGGAAAAGCAUCUCUAAGCGCUCACUCCUCAAAGUUGAUUUAAAGAAAGCGUUUGACUCCCUAAAUUGGAGCUUUAUAUUGCUGAUCCUUAAGGCUUUGAGCUUCCCUGAAUCGUUAAUCAACCUGAUUGAGCAGUGCAUCACAACAACAUGGUUUUCGGUCUUAAUCAACGAUGAAAUUGGGGGUUACUUCAAGGGCUCUCGUGGUUUGCGCAAAGGAGACCCCCUGUCGCCUUAUUUGUUUGUGCUUUCCAUGGAAGUACUCGCCCAGCUGCUGAAAAAGAAUUUUGCAGAAGGAAAUAUUGGUUAUCACCCUGCGGCAGACAACCCGGAAAUCACUCACCUUGCUUUUGCCGACGACCUCAUGAUUUUCUUUGAUGGUCAGCGCAGCUCUCUUCAACAGAUUGCUGACACAAUGGACAGUUUUGCCUCGUGGUCUGGACUUACAAUGAACAAAGAUAAAACAGAGUUGUUUGUGGCGGGAAUGAGCCAGAUAGAAACCUCAGACUUGUCGACUCUUGGAUUCUCUCUUGGAUCACUUCCUGUCCGUUAUCUAGGGUUGCCACUGAUGCACCGGAAACUGCGCAUAAGUGAUUACAGACCUCUGCUGGACCAGCUCAAAAGGCGAUUCUCAUCAUGGUCUUCUCGUGCCUUGUCUUUUGCAGGACGUAGGCAACUUCUUGCCACUGUUAUCUUCGGUAUCUUGAAUUUUUGGUUCUCUUCCUUUGUGCUUCCUAAAGGCUGUGUCAACGAAAUUGAGUCCCUCUGCUCAAGAUUUCUUUGGAACGGAAACAUCACCAGUAGAGCAGCAGCAAAGGUCUCAUGGCGGGUUGUUUGUCUACCUCGCAAAGAAGGUGGCUUGGAUCUACGUGAUCUUCACACUUGGAACAAAACUCUCUCGCUAAAGCUUGUUUGGCUUCUGCACAGCGAAUCACAAUCACUUUGGGCUUUCUGGUCCAAGCGCCAUCGGCUAAAAGGCACAAGUGUGUGGAGUAUGGACGAUAAAAAACAGUCAGCGUGGAUCUGGAAGUCGAUCCUCAAGCUUAGACCCCUGGCUCAAAGGUUUCUCAGAUGUGAUGUGGGGAAUGGUCUCUUGGUUAGCUUCUGGUAUGAUUAUUGGUUGCCGUUUGGACCUCUUAUCCAAAUGUUUGGGGCUGACGGUCCUCGGCAGCUAGGCAUCCACAUUCACGCUAAAGUUGCUGAUUGCUGCACCUCCAGCGGAUGGAGGCUCCGACCUGCACGAUCCAUACAAACAGAGCAACUGCAAAUUGCCCUCUGCUUUGUCCCUCUGCCCUCCUUAUCAACCACCACUGACUCCUACAAAUGGUAUGUAAAUGAUCUCUAUCUGGAUAGUUUCUGUUCUCGAAGAACCUGGGAUUCUGUUCGGACCAGAGGUGAUGUUGUUGAUUGGGAACCUGUGGUUUGGUUUGGCGGUCAUGUCCCAAGACAAGCAUUUCACAUGUGGGUAACGCAUCUCGAUAGACUCCCCACUCGAUCGCGUAUUGCAACGUGGUCGGAUAUUCCAGACAAAUCUUGUCUCCUAUGUUUGGCGCUUCAUCAUCAAAAAGCUGGGAUAUCAAUCGAUCCUUUUCCACACUUAGACCUCCCUGAUGGAAUGGCUUGCGGGGAAAGAUACCACUUGCCCUCAAACACUCAGGCGGCUGGCUGUGCACGCAACAAUAUACCAUCUAUGGCUCGAGCGAAACAACCGCUACCACAACGCUCUCUCUUCUACGCCUCUUCGGAUUUGCAAGGAGAUUGA